AUGGCCAACCACCGCUGGCAGCUGAUCGUGACGGCCGACUAUCCGAAAAGCAUUCAUCAACAGUACCGGAAGCUGCGAGCCGAGAACCCGGACAAGUUCUACACGACGGCCAACGUCGCGCCAGCCAAGCUCGAUGACCUGCUUGACGGUCGCGAUAUCGGGUAUCGCAUGGACGACGGCAUCCCGGCUCCCGGUACCAAGCCGCUGGCCAAGUUUAAGUUGGCCAACCUGCACGUCGUCGUCAAGGAGUCCAAAAGUACCUCACUAUGUGGCAAGCUUUGA